UUAGCAUAACAAGAAUGCAAGAUAAACAAGUGUACUUGUCUCAGGAGAUAUCAGCUGAGCAAAGGAGCGCUCAGGGCAACAGUUGGGACGCAGUUUACAGCAGCACAACUCUGAGGUCAGCGCUACGAAGACUUUUACCUAGUACAAUGCUUGUAGCGCGAAACGGAAGCAUAAAUAGCCGGAGCAACGAAAAAGGUUUGAACGAAUUGGAAGAUACUGUUGGAAGUGCCGGUGGAUCAUCUUUUGCUGAUAUCUGGGACUGUACAAGCGUUGAGAUCAGAGAUCAAGAGAAAGGAGACUUCAAUGCUACAACUAGCCUGUUGUUAACAUGUAAAAGCCAGGUUAUUUAUCCUUAUUUCUACAUACUCUCCUUGGUUGCCUGGCGACCAUUUAACAUUCAAUCAUUCCGUUACCAAGGAUGUUCAUUGCGGAAAUUUUUGAACGUUGUAUAUACGCUGAUUAUUUUUGUCCUGAUUAUCUUCAGCUAUGUAUCAAGCAUAAUAGCCUGUCAAGCCAGGCUGGAGAUACCUCUGACACAAACUACAAGACUUCCAACAACUCAACAACCAGCCAGUCAUCAUUACAAUGUUAGUACAACAUCAAUAACAACAACAACAAACCAAACAAAUAUAACAUCAACCACACACACUACAUCCCAGUCAUUGAUGAGGAUUAACACUUCAACUACUACUCCUUCAGUACACACAACCAAAACACCUCGUUCAAUGAUACAGUUUUAUACCUUGGCAGCAAGACAGGCAGCUUGGGAUCCUGCAGUCACAGAGUGUACUCAUAUAUUUAGCACGUAUGUGGUCCCAGAUGUUCUUCAUUUUCUGGCAUUUUUGAUCGGAUUCUACAUGUUUAGGAUUCAGGAGAGUGAGGGCCUCCACGCACUUAUAGAAAAGGUUUUUUUGCUUAGUUCAGUUCCCAAAAAGAUCACCUCAAGACUGCGGUUUUUCCUUUUUGGUGGAUUUUUCUUAGUGUUCCUUGGUGUCUGUAAUUUUAUUCUGUUUUGUUAUGCCUUCAAAUUGGGGUCAGUAACAGGAUUCAGACAUAUCCCAAGUGCCACUUGGGUAGCAGCAAUUGUAAUGGGACUGGGUCGACUUGUGCAGUUAUGUGUCAGCAUUGUCACUAUUGUAAAUUACUGUGCUCAGUGUGAAUUAUUGAUAUUCUAUAUUCGUGAAAUUACCUUGCGCAUGGAAGAGAAAACCAAAGAUCUUGACAACAUAAUGAAGGAUAUUCUUGAAGUAAAGAAAAAUCUCUCCCGAGUGAAUGGACUUAUAUCAGUGAUUGCAACUCUUAUAGUGUUUAGUUAUUUUGAACUUUCUGUGAUAGGGGUUUGUAACUUGUCACUUCAGUUUGAAAAAUUGUUAUUAGACAAGAGCAAGCUGAUGUACAGAAUCUCUGCAACACUGAUCAGCUUUACCAUCAUCAUUUUCCCUAUCACCAUUGCUGCUCGUUUGACUUCAGCUGCUCGCAAACUGAAACAGAGUAGUUUACAUACCAGAGUGUUUGGAUAUCCUUCUGCUUCUCAACUUGAUUUGGACUCAUUUGUAUUGUUUACACACAGUGCUGAAAUGAAGGCCAAGCUUCUGUUCUUGCCAGUUCAAUGCUCGUUUCUGUCUGGUGUAGUUGCAGUAGUGGUGUUUGUGCUCCUACUCAUGUUACAGUUGGGCAUUCUUGCUGGCAAAAAUACAUACCUAUAAAAAAGGACCCUGAUGUGACAUCAAUUUGUGUCCCUACCAGGGAGAAUUAAAAAAGAUUACCUACAGUUUACCUGGAGAGGGAAAUCCUAGCAAAAUGGCUUUCCUGAGUUGCACUGGGUAACAGCAGCUGAUCAAUGUGUUUCAUUUUAUCUAGUCUGUCUUAAUUAAUGCAUCAGUACUGGAACAUGAUUUCAAGCAAAACAUGUAAGGGUAAGAUGUCUGAAAAUGAUUAUCUUAGAAUGAAGUAUUCAAAUUUCUGUCAUACCUAUCUUAUGUUGAGCAUUCUAUUGUCAGAGAAACUUUUCUGUGCACAAAAAGAGCAGUCUUUCUGGUUCACUUUGGUAAUUGCUUUUGUUAUGAAAAUUUCCUUUGAAAUUUUAACAAGGGAAAAAACAGGAUUUCUGAUGAAUUCCUUUCUAGACUCUAAAAAAAAAAGUUGUCUUAUUUGUUGCAUUUGGUAUUCAGUAAAAUAUUGUUAUGAAGGAUUACAGGUAUAGUGUUACUUGCAGAUAGAUUCCAUGUACUUCUUUUCAGUAACAGAUCACAGAUGACAUCAAAAUGUGGUAAGAAUAAAUAAGUGGUAAACAGAGCAGAGCCAAGUGUGUCACUGUUCUUACCACAGUUUGAUGUCUUCAGUGAUCUUUUAACUGUACAGAGCCUUGGCAGCAUGGAAUGUAUCUGUUUUAUAUGAUGAAAAACAAAAUGGUGCCAGCCAAUAAGAUGAGAUAAUCUAUGCUUCUGUCCUUCAAUACAUCUUAAGCAAGAACCAAUCAUAAUGCAUGUUUUAUUUUAGAUUGUUGUAUAAUGAUGAAUAAAAGCAAUUAUUAAAGAAAUGGCUGAUGUAAUUAUUUAUGUGCUAGUCCAAGGCAUAUAAUUUGUGUAUUGCAAAUGACAAAUGUUGGUGAUAUAUCUCUAUAAUUUUGCAUCAUAAAUGCACCUCUUUCUCAAAAAGAUUACUUUUACAGUGGUAGAUUAAACUAAACAUGACAAUUUGAUUAUCUAUUUACAUGAAAAAUCCAAUGAGAAAGAGACAUGUUCACCAAUAAUGCAAGAACUAUUCAUGUAUAUAGAAAUUCUCAAUAAAUAUUGUUUAGAAAUAUUAUUGGUAUUUGUAAUAUAUGUAAUGUUUAUGACUGCACUUAUUAUAACAAUUGUAGUAGUUGCAAUAACUAUGAUACAUGUGAUGAUUGUAAUAAUUUAAUAAUUAUAAUAAGUAUUAUUAAAAACUGGAUCAUUGGAUAAUGCAA